AUGGACGUGGACGUGGACGUGGACGUAAACGUGGACGUCGACAUGGUCGUGGGCGUGGACAUGGACAUGGACGUGGACGUGGACAUGGACAUGGACGUGGACGUGGACGUGGACGUGGACGUGGACGUGGAUGUGGACAUGGACGUGGACGUGGACGUGGACAUGGACGUGGACGUGGACAUGGAGGUGGACGUGGACAUGGACCUGGACGUGGACGUGGACGUGGACAUGGACGUGGACGUGGACAUGGACGUGGAUAUGGACGUGGACGUGGACAUGGACAUGGACAUGGACGUGGACGUGGACAUGGACGUGGACGUGGACAUGGACAUGGACGUGGACGUGGACAUGGACAUGGACGUGGACGUGGACGUGGACGUGGACGUGGACGUGGACAUGGACGUGGACGUGGACAUGGACGUGGAUAUGGACGUGGACAUGGACAUGGACAUGGACAUGGACAUGGACGUGGACGUGGACAUGGACGUGGACGUGGACAUGGACGUGGACGUGGACGUGGACGUGGACGUGGACAUGGACGUGAACGUGGACGUGGACGUGGACAUGGACGUGGACGUGGACAUGGACGUGGACGUGGACGUGGACGUGGACGUGGACGUGGACGUGGACGGGGACGUGGACGUGGACGUGGACGUGGACAUGGACAUGGACGUGGACCUGGACGUGGACGUGGACGUGGACAUAGACGUGGACGUGGACGUGGACGUGGACAUGGACGUGGACGGGGACGUGGACGUGGACUUGGACGUGGACGUGGACGUGGACAUGGACAUGGACGUGGACGUGGACGUGGACGUGGACAUGGACGUGGACCUGAACAUAGACCUGGACGUGGACGUGGACGUGGACGUGGACGUGGACAUGGACGUGGACGUGGACAUGGAAGUGGACGUGGACGUGGACGUGGAUGUGGACGUGGACGUGGACAUAGACGUGGACGUGGACGUGGACAUGGAGGUGGACGUGGACGUGGACGUGGACGUGGACGUGGACGGGGACGUGGACGUAGACGUGGACGUGGACGGGGACGUGGACGUAGACGUGGACGUGGAGGUGGACGUGGACGUGGACGUGGACAUAGAGGUGGACGUGGACGUGGACGUGGACAUGGACAUGGACGUGGACGUGGACAUGGACGUGGACGUGGACGUGGACGUGGACGUGGACGUGGUCGUGGACGUGGACGUGGACGUGGUCGUGGACGUGGUCGUGGACGUGGACGUGGUCGUGGACGUGGACGUGGACGUGGACGUGGACGUGGUCGUGGACGUGGUCGUAGACGUGGACGUGGAGGUGGUCGUGGAGGUGGUCGUGGACGUGGACGUGGAGGUGGUCGUAGACGUGGACGUGGACGUGGACGUGGACGUGGACGUGGACGUGGACGUGGACGUGGACAUGGACGUGGACUUGGACGUGGAGGUGGUCGUGGUCGUGGACGUGGACGUGGACGUGAACGUGGACGUGGAGGUGGUCGUAGACGUGGACGUGGAGGUGGUCGUGGAGGUGGUCGUGGUCGUGGUCGUGGUCGUGGACGUGGACCUGGACGUGGACGUGGUCGUGGUCGUGGUCGUGGUCGUGUCACGUGUACGUGGACAUGGACGUGGACGUGGUCGUGGACGUGGUCGUGGUCGUGGUCGUGGACGUGGGCGUGGACGUGGACGUGGACGUGGACGUGGACGUGGACUGGUCGUGGACGUGGACGUGGGCGUGGACGUGGACGUGGACGUGGACGUGGACAUGGUCGUGGACGUGGGCGUGGACGUGGACGUGGACAUGGUCGUGGACGUGGACGUGGACGUGGUCGUGGACAUGGACGUGGACGUGGAAGUGGGCGUGGACGUGGACGUGGACGUGGAUGUGGACCUGGUCGUGGACGUGGACGUGGACGUGGACGUGGACGUGGACGUGGACGUGGACGUUGACGUGGACGUGGACGUGGUCGUGGACGUGGACGUGGACGUGGACUUGGACGUGGACCUGGUCGUGGACGUGGACGUGGACGUGGACGUGGACGUCGACGUGGACGUGGACCUGGUCGUGGACGUGGACGUGGACGUCGACGUGGACGUGGACAUGGUGGACGUGGAGGUGGACGUGGAGGUGGACGUGGAGGUGGACGUGGAGGUGGACAUGGAGGUGGACGUGGACGUGGAGGUGGAGGUGGACGUGGACGUGGAGGUGGAGGUGGACGUGGACGUGGACGUGGACGUGGACGUGGACAUGGUCGUGGACGUGGACGUGGACGUCGACGUGGACUUGGACGUGGACCUGGUCGUGGACGUGGACGUGGACGUCGACGUGGACGUGGUCGUGGACGUGGACGUGGACGUGGACGUGGACUUGGACGUGGACCUGGUCGUGGACGUGGACGUGGACAUGGUCGUGGACGUGGACGUGGACGUGGACGUGGACGUGGACAUGGUCGUGGACGUGGACGUGGACGUGGACGUGGACCUGGUCGUGGAUGUCGACGUGGACGUCGACGUGGACGUGGACAUGGUGGACAUGGUCGUGGACGUGGACGUGGACGUGGACAUGGACGUGGAGGUGGACAUGGUCGUGGACGUGGACGUGGACGUGGAUGCGGACGUGGACGUGGACGUGGAGGCGGACGUGGACGUGGACGCGGAGGCGGACGUGGACGUGGACGUGGAGGCGGACGUGGACGUGGAGGUGGAGGUGGACGUGGACGUGGAGGUGGACGUGGACGUGGACGUGGAGGUGGACGUGGAGGUGGACGUGGAGGUGGACGUGGACGCGAACGCGGACGUGGACGUGGACGUGGACGUGGACGUGGACGUGGACAUGGACGUGGACGUUGACGUGGACGUGGACGUGGACGUGGUCGUGGACGUGGACGUGGACGUGGACGUUGACGUGGACGUGGACGUGGACCUGGUCGUGGACGUGGACGUGGACGUGGACGUGGACGUGGACAUGGUCGUGGACGUGGACGUGGACGUGGACGUGGACAUGGUCGUGGACAUGGACAUGGACGUGGACGUGGACGUGGACGUGGACGUGGACCUGGACAUGGACGUGGACAUGGUCGUGGACAUGGACGUGGACGUGGACGUGGACGUGGACGUGGACGUGGAGGUGGACGUGGAGAUGGACGUGGAGGUGGACGUGGAGGUGGAGGUAGACGUGGACGUGGACGUGGAGGUGGACGUGGACGUGGCAUGGACGUGGACGUGGACAUGGACGUGGACGUGGACGUGGACGUGCACGUGGACGUGGACGUGGAAGUGGACAUGGACGUGGACAUGGACGUAG